AUGGAAAGAAAUACAAAGGACUCAAUCAAGCCCACUUGGCGGCAGAAAGAUCACCCAGAGUGGACUAUUCAUCACUGGGUUUACGACAUCUUCGACAUUCACCCGGUCGAACUUGACAAGGCCGUGCCCGUGCACCCAAAGACAGACAAGGUGUCAUAUCUAAACGACUGGUAUCAGCGUCGUUGGAUUCUCGCCCACGCCUUUAUUCCCAUCGCACUGCACCACCUAUACGUCGUAUGCAGGACUUUGUACAGCGCCGCGUUCAAUCUCAGCGCCAUCCGCGAACUUCAUCUAUUGCGCGCAUUGGGACACAGGGUCGGUUUCGUCGACGGUGAUGUACACGGGCGCGAUGGCGUGCCAGACGUCAGCGUCAGCAAAGUCCUCUACUCCCUAGUCCUCACAUCAUUCGUCAGACCAGCCUUCACCGUCUACAUCAGCUAUAUCACUCGCAACCCACCGGCAUCCAUGGCGUUUCUCUGGCUUCCGUUCGAGGCGAGCUGCUACGGAAUUCUUCUCGACUUCUUCUUUUACUGCUACCACCGGCUGAUGCACGACGUUGAAGGGCGCUGGAAGUUCCAUUGCACGCAUCACCUGACCAAGCACCCUAACCCGCUGUUAUCGCUGUACGCCGACACUAAGCAAGAGAUUUUUGAUAUUGCUGGAGUCCCUCAAUCACUCAUUUCGCUAUGA